AUGAAUAGAUGUCACUUGGGACUUUCCAAGCUAUCGUCAGUGUCUGCAUAUGGCAUUGGGAUUAGGCCUAUUAAUCGAAGGCAAUUAUCAAUUUCCAAAAAAUAUCUUGCAUCAUCCACUGCCUUGGAGAAAAUCUUACCCAGCCAAGAUGUAUUCCCAGAGAGACAUAUUGGUCCAAAUGAAAGGGAGAAAAGGGACAUGCUGAAAUUUAUGGGCCUCCAAAGUAUCGAUGAGCUAGUCACAAAAACUGUUCCCCAAGAUAUAUUAUUAAAUAGGAAGUUAGAUAUAGACCAGCCAUUAGGUGAACAUCAACUGAUAGAACAUCUUAGAGGUAUAGCAUCUAAAAACGAGAUAUGGAGAAGUUAUAUUGGUAUUGGUUAUUACAAUACUUACGUACCACAUACAAUCAUGAGAAAUAUCUUCGAAAAUCCUGGAUGGACAACCCAGUACACACCCUACCAAGCUGAAUUAGCUCAAGGGAGAUUAGAAAGUUUGCUUAAUUUUCAAACGAUGAUUUGCGAUUUAACGGCAUUAGCCAUUUCCAAUGCAUCAUUGUUAGAUGAGGCUACUGCUGCAGCAGAGGCUAUGGGACUAUGUUACAAAGCUAAUAAAAGAAGAAGGUUCUAUGUUGAUGUUAAUUGUCAUCCACAGAAUAUAGCUGUCGUUAAAACUAGAGGAGAUGCACUAGGGAUAGAAGUUAUAACUGGUAAUUGGAGAGAAAUGGAUUUUUCAACACAUGAUGUUUGUGGGGUUUUAGUUCAAUAUCCUAAUACAGAAGGCAGCAUUGAGAACUACUCUGGUCUGAUAGAAGAUGCACAAGCUUGUGGGACACUAGUGAUAGCAGCAACAGACCCCCUGGCUUUAGCUAUCUUGAAGCCACCUGGGGAACUAGGGUUUGAUAUUGCUCUUGGUACAACACAGAGAUUUGGUAUUCCACUUGGUUAUGGUGGACCACAUGCUGCCUUCUUCGCAUGUAAAGAAAAAUAUACUCGUAUGAUGCCUGGUCGAGUAGUGGGUGUUACAAGAGAUUCAAGUGGUAAACAAGCUUUAAGAUUAGCUUUACAGACUAGAGAACAACAUAUACGUCGUGAUAAAGCCACCAGUAAUAUCUGUACAGCACAGGCUUUAUUAGCUAAUAUGUCAGCUAUGUAUGGUUGUUAUCAUGGUGCCCAUGGGUUAAAACAGAUAGCUAAUAGAAUUCAUAAUGCUGCUAGGGUGGUAGCUGAAGGUUUACAGAGAGGAGGGCACACCUUGACACAUAAACGCUUUUUUGACACUAUGAAAUUUGAACCUAAAAACGGGCAACAAGAAAUAAUUGAGAGGGCAAAUUCAAAGAAGAUUAAUUUACGUGUAUACUCUGAUGGUCAUAUUGGUAUUGCCUUGGAUGAGACAGUGGAAGAAAAUGAUAUAAAAGAUUUAUUAGAGGUUGUAGGAUCACCUAAUAAUGCUGAGCUCUCUCAGGCUAUUAUCGAUUCCAAAGAUGUCACCAUGAAAAAUACAGAAUUUGCCAGAAAAACAGAAUUCAUGAAACAUUCAGUGUUUAGAAGGUAUCAGUCAGAAACUAAUAUUGUACGUUAUAUGAAAGAAUUAGAAAAUAAAGACUUAUCUUUGGUACAUUCAAUGAUACCACUUGGUUCUUGUACCAUGAAGCUAAAUAGUACCACAGAAAUGAUGGUGAGCAAAUAUUUUAAGUGUCUUCUCAUAUAUCCCUGUACUUGGAGUGAAUUUGGCAAUAUUCAUCCAUUUGUUCCCUCCAACCAAGUUGCUGGUUAUAUGAAAAUGUUUGAGGAAUUAGAGAAAGAUUUAUGUGAAAUAACUGGUUAUGAUAGAAUUUCAUUACAACCUAAUAGUGGAGCUCAAGGAGAAUAUGCUGGGUUAAGAGCUAUAAUGGCAUAUCUAGCUAGUAAAGGAGAAACUCACAGAGAUGUUUGUUUGAUUCCUGUCUCAGCCCAUGGUACCAAUCCUGCUAGUGCUCAGAUGGCUGGUAUGAAGAUUCAACCUAUAAAAGUUGAUAAGUAUGGAUCAAUUGAUAUGACACACUUUACUGAUAUGAUUGAAAAACAUAAAGAUGAAUUAGCUUGUUUAAUGAUAACUUAUCCAUCAACACAUGGUGUGUUUGAAUCUGGAGUUCGUGAAAUUUGUGAUAUUACACAUGAUGCUGGAGGUCAAGUAUAUGUGGAUGGUGCCAAUAUGAAUGCUCAGGUUGGUAUAUGUAGACCUGGUGAUUAUGGUUCUGAUGUUUCUCAUCUUAAUCUACAUAAAACAUUCUGUAUACCACAUGGUGGAGGAGGGCCAGGAAUGGGUCCUAUUGGAGUGAAAGAACAUUUAGCUCCCCAUCUGCCAACACAUCCUAUUAUUUCACCAUUACCUGGUUCAGAUUCACAAUCAUUUGGUGUUGUAUCUGCUGCACCAUUUGGUUCGAGUUCUAUAUUACCAAUAUCCUGGUCCUAUAUUAAGAUGAUGGGAAGUGAUGGAUUAAGACAUGCAACAGAAAUUGCUAUUUUAAAUGCUAACUAUAUGAGCCAAAGGUUGAAAGGAUAUUUCAAGACCUUGUAUACUAAUGAAGAAGGUUACAUUGCUCAUGAGUUUAUCAUAGAUUGUAGAGAAUUUAAAAAGACAGCUGAUAUAGAAGUUGUUGAUAUCUCUAAAAGAUUACAAGAUUAUGGGUUCCACUCACCAACUAUGUCCUGGCCUGUGACUGGAACAUUGAUGAUUGAACCAACAGAAUCUGAAGAUAAACAAGAAUUAGAUAGAUUAUGUGAUGCUCUAAUAGCUAUUAGAAAGGAAAUCAGUGAUAUUGAAGAAGGGAAAAUGGAUCGUAAAGUUAAUCCUUUAAAGAUGUCUCCUCAUACACAAGAAGUUGUGAUGUCAUCAGAAUGGAACAGACCGUACUCUAGAGAAGAAGCAGCCUUCCCAUUGGAGUUUGUUAAACCAGGACAUAAAUUAUGGCCGUCUGUUGGUAGAAUAGAUGAUAAAUAUGGUGACCAGAAUGUAGUAUGCACGUGCCCACCAAUGACUUUCUACAUAUCACCUUUUGUAGAAAAAUCAGACUAUGAACCCAAGAGAGCAAGAAAAUAAAAUCUUAAUUAAUAAGAUGAAUGAAUAAAACUUUGAUCUAUUUGUACAGUUUAACCACAGAGAAAAAUACACUAUCAAUUUAUAUUAUGAUAUGCUCAACAAAUUUUCUCUUCAAACAUCGUUUAGUGCUAUUUAUUGAUUAAUUCCUAUCAGUAUUAAUUGUAUAAUUAUUUUGUUUUUUAUUGUAUUGUUUGUUUUGCUUUUUUUUUUUUUUUUUGCCUAAGCUGGUCUUAUAUAUAAUUUUUAAUAGUUUUCAUUAUGUUAUAUGGAUAACCAAAGUAAUAACCAGAAAUACUUAAUGGUUUGAUUGUUAGUUAUAACAAAUUUAUGUUGUUUUUGCUUGUAUAGGGCAGUAGCUAAUAAUCAACAAUAAUACUCUUAUAUUUUAUAUAAAUACAUUUUAUAGGUAAAAGAAUUGCUUUGAUUUGUUCCUUUUGUAAGUGGUUGGGAACUCAUCAGUCAAAGUGAUCCAUGCAUUUAGACAAAGCUCAAAACUUAAGCUCAAAGUAUACUUUUACAUUUACUUGAUGAUACAAUUUAUUGUUACAUUAUAUGAUUAUGAAUUAUAAUUGUUAUUAUUAUAUUUUUCUGUUUAUUAUAAGAAAUAUGAAAGUUGUUUUUAUUAUUCAUUGGUGUUGGUUUUGUACAGUAUUUUAAUAUAUCUAUGAUAUGUACAGUUUAAUUCUGGUGAAGGAUUGUGUAUAAUUCGAAUAAUUGGAUGGAUUUCGACUCAUUUUCUUUAGGAGUUUUUGUGGUCUAAAUUUUCAACCUCUUGAUAUUAGCUGACUUUUUGCCUUUAAUGCAAUUUAUCUUUGGGAGAAAUAUAUAUUAUGGAAUUUGAAAAGCCUAUUUAAUGUUACUAUACAUGAGGAAUGUAAUGGAAAAUGAAAUGUAUUCGUUGAAUAUUAAUUAUUUUAAAUUUAUUUCAUUCCUUCUUUAGAAGCAAGAAUUUAGAGUUAUAAACAGAAUCUCUGUGAGACAAGAGUAUACUGUACAUUUAAUGUUUAUUGAAAUUAAAUUGUUUUAUAAAGAUUUGUAAAGUUUAUCAUCACAAUGUCUUAUUGUUUAAUACUUAGAAUUUAUACCUCUCUUACUUUUACAUCUUUUCAUUGGAAAUAAUAGAAACAUUUUGUAACUUAUAUAUAUCAUAAAUGAAUCAUUACUUAAAUUGAAUAAAUGAUCAAC